CGGGGCUGGCUCCGCUGCCGCCGCCCGCGCAGGGCGCCUGCCCCAGACAUGUCCCCCAACUAUAUGCGGAGCUUCUCGGAGGGAUGCCUCAGGCCACCAACGGUAAUUGGCCAAUUCCACACUCUUUUCUUUGGCUCGGUCCGCAUGUUUUUCCUUGGCGUUUUGGGUUUUGCUGUUUAUGGAAAUGAGGCCUUGCAUUUCAGUUGUGACCCAGACAAGAGAGAGGUUAAUCUUUUCUGUUACAACCAGUUCAGGCCUAUAACUCCUCAGGUGUUCUGGGCGUUACAGCUGGUGAUUGUACUGGUACCUGGAGCAUUUUUUCACCUUUAUGCUGCAUGUAAGAACAUCAAACAGGAAGAUAUCCUUCAAAAUGUGUUCUACACUGGUUUUUACAUCUUCUCUGUUUUCCUAAGGAUUAUCCUUGAAGCUGUGGCUUUCUGGCUUCAGAUUCAGCUCUUUGGUUUCAAAGUGAAUGCAAUCUACAUGUGUGAUGUGGGAGCACUUGAAAAGAAGCUUAACAUAACACGAUGCAUGGUGCCAGAGCACUUAGAAAAGACAAUUUUUCUUAUUGCAAUGUACACAUUUACUGUGAUUACAGUGAUCCUGUGUGUUGCUGAAAUUUUUGAGAUCUCAUGUAGAAAACUAGGUAUUUUAAAAAGUCAGUGAUGUCAAUCACUCCUAGUUAUUUACCACCCUGUUCACCUGCAGUUAUAUCAAGGUAUAACAAAAAAUAUCUCUUGUCCUCUAUGCAGCGUUGCAAAAGAGAACCACACUCAUGAUUACUGCUGCAGAGUAGUCAUCUCACACUCAUCCUUCAAUUUACAGCUACUGCAUUAUGCCUAUAAUUGUUUUCAUGUUACAACCAGAGGGCAUAAGAUUUGCAAGAGUAACAUAUUUACAUGACCUGCCACAUACAAUAGUUUUGCCUACAGAGGAAUGUCCAUGUGUGAGAAGGAGGUUAUUUAUAAAUGCAGCUUGAUUCACAGCUUUUCUGAACACAUGCUAAUCAUGUUAUUGCCCUUCCUGAAAAAACUAUUCCAAAUUUAUUACCUG